AUGGGUAUGGAAAUUCGAGAACAAGUGACCAACUACGUGGGCGAGCGGAUCCGUAGCAUGAGACUUUCUGAUGGACCCUAUAAGGGUGAUAACAUCGCCGUUAUCCGAACCAACGCUAUGAAGUUUCUGGCCAACUACUUCCCAAAGGGCUCGUGUGACAAGAUGUUCUUUUGCUUCCCCGAUCCUCAUUUCAAGAAGCACAACUGGAGACGGAGAAUCAUCAACGACCCUUUGAUGAGCCUGUACGCGUAUGUGUUGAAGCCAGGUGGAUUGCUGUAUACCGUUACUGAUGUGGAAGAUCUCCACGUUUGGAUGAGGGACUGUGGCGAGCGUCAACAUGAGCUUUUCGAGAGGGUCACUGAUGCUGAACUGGCAGGAGACCCUUGCAUAAAAUGUAUUGAGAAUGACACAGAAGAAGGAAAGAAGGUACUCCGCGUUUGCUCUCUCACCAAAGACAUCCCUCAGGUCAAGCGGGCCGGCAAGCCCUGCUACACUGCCGUGUUCAGGCGUCGUUGUGACCCUCCCUCACUGAUCGACCAGGCGGCCUCUUACCACAGGUUCCUAGAGGAGGCUGCGGCCCGGCAAGCGGCCGCUGCUGUGGCCGCUGGAGCCCUAGGUCUUUAG